UACGUCAUACCGAGGCAGCGCGCGCGCGGUAUUACGUCACAUUAAUGGCUGCUGCGUCUUCCUGCGUGUGUGUGUGUAUGUGUGUGUUAUUGAAGGAAGCUUUAAAGCCCAGGAUCUAUCUGUGUUGCUCGUAUGGAAUGGCAGAUUGAUGGAAGAGCGAAGACGUUAUGAAAGACACUGAUUCAAGGGAAGGUGUCAAAAAUGGCGCAUGCUCUCAUGUGUGAUGCUGCGCAAAAUGAUCCCGAUGAUGAAGAAGAGACCCCCAUAAGGUCAAGUUUUUCUGUGGAGGACCUUCUUGAUGAGGUGGAGAAGCUCAGCAGUGUACCCACAUGUGACAAGAAGGUGGAGAUUGUGGUUAGACUCUGGAAAGAUGGUUUUACACUGAAUGAUGAGGAUUUGCGCAGCUACACUGCAGAGGAGAAUCAGGAGUUCCUUGAAGCUCUUAAACGAGGGGUGUUACCAUUGGAACUGGAGGGAAGAGCUGAUGAGGAAGAGCUGGAAGUCAGCGUUGAGGACAUGAAGGAUGAAAUGUAUGUCCCAAAGAAGAAGACCUUCCUGCCUUUUAGUGGCAGAGGCUACAGACUAGGCAGCGUGGCACCUAGGGUUGUGGUCAGGUCUCGUUCAAUCCAUGAAGACUGCUCUGGCCCCCCAGUCCCCCCAGUGGAGCUGGAUGAAGCUUUGCCCAUCACUUGUCUCCAGAUCUGGCUAGCAGAUGGCCGGCGGCUAGUGCAGAGGUUUAACCUGUCUCAUCGAAUCUGUGAUGUUCAAGGCUUUGUAGAGAAAGCCCAGACAACCAGCUCACCGUUCAUCUUGACCACAUCUCUACCUUUUCGGGAGCUCACGCAGGAGAAUCUGAGCCUGGAGGAGGCCGAUCUGACAAAUGCCGUCAUCGUCCAGCGGCCUCUCAGCACACAAGCACCUUUUGGUCACUCAUGAUCGAAGUCACCUUAACCGGUCACCUUAAAGUAUAGAGAACCAUUUUAUGAACAUUUUUAGAACACAUAAGCUUGCAGUAUUUAAUCUUUACAAAGCUGCUUCAGAGUCUAUACAACUGCAGACCUCUUUGCAUUAAUUUCAUUUUGAAAACUACGAACGCCACCGUGAAGAAUAAAAGAAGAAAUCUCCUCACUGUCACCUUGUCAUCUUCAAUCAGAGUGCAAUAAUUAUGUAUUUAAUAGUCUUAUAGUCAUGUGUAAAUGCUGCACAUAGUAUAACAAUAAAUAUGGAAUUUAUAUAGGUACAGUUUGAAAUAACAGACAGUUAUUCUUUGUUCUUCCCUUGUUGGAUGCCUUGAUCACUUCUGAUGCAAUGCAGUACACACAUGCCACGUCUUCAAUAUCAAUAUUCAAUAAGUAUUUGACUUUGACUGUGCUGUGAUUAAUUAAAAUAUGUACUGAAUGCACUUCUCUGUGUCUAUUACAGACUUGACUGAGGUCCGUCUUACCGCAACGAUGGUACUAUUUUUGUGUGUUAAAAUAUUUGCUGGUUUGCUGUUAUGAAAUUUAAGGCAGAAUUUAUUUGCAAGUGGAUGACAUGUACAUGCACUUUAAACAGAGUGAGAAGUUCUUUUGUACUGGAGCAUUGCUUGCAAUAAAUCCAAUAAAUGAAUGAGCCCUA